AGGUCUGAAAAUACACUGCAUUAGUCAACACUGACUUUGGUAUAAUACAUUCCUUCUACUUGCAGUAUUUCAUUUGGUAGUUUUCGGGAAGAUCGAGCAAGUUGCAGUUUUGCACUGCCAUGAGGUCUUCGGUCUACAAAAGGUGCGAGAACUCAGAAUACCGCGUCUGUCUGUCUAUGAGAUGGGCUUCGCAGUUGGGAAGGGCUUCAGACACUGCAGCAGCAAGCUACUGCGUCAUGUCCAAGCCACUGCUGGUUCGUCCAUCCGCGACUGGGAUUCAAACACCGCCAUGGCUCGGCUCUUUACCGCUUUUCAUGGAACCGUUGCAUAUAGACCAUGUUCAAAAGCUCAUUGAGGAGCUCUACAGCUCGACUGAUCCUCAGACAGCCAAGCAAAUACAAGAACAACUGCAAGCGAUUCAACGGCAACCUCAAGCAUGGUCUAUAGCGUCUCAGUUGCUUUCUUUGCCGUCGGAUCAUUGUCGAUUCUUUGGCGCGCAUACGUUCCAAAUGAAGAUCGUUCGCGAAUGGAAUUCUUUGCCUGUGGAGCAGAUUGCCUGGCUUCGUGAAGAAUUAUUAACGUGGAUUGUACGCUUAUGCUCCGGCCCGAACUUUGUCACGACCAAGCUGUGUCUUGCGCUUAUCAGUUAUGCAUUUCACACAAUUCCUGAUCAUUGGAGCCAGUUCAUCCCCGAAACGGUCAAUGCGUUACAUGCGGGAGCACAAGUUUAUGGAUUUCCCGCCUCCACCAUUCAGUAUAUCAUUCUCGAAUUUCUGACACUGGUGCCCGAAGAAAUUUCAAAUGCAGACAUCUUGGGGGGUCAAAAAUCACGAUUAAUCCAAGAACUAAAAGACAGCAUCCCGCUCGUUUUAAGUACCCUGUCUUCAUUUCUUUUGCCGACCGAUCAACCAAUGCCGAUCUCCAUGCAACAAAAGGCCCUCAAAUGUCUUCAAAGCUGGAUCCAAUACGGCAUUCCCAUGGAGGACGUGUAUCCGCUUUUACGACAAUGUAUGCUAUUUUUGGGCCACGAAGAAUUAUUUGAGUCGGCAGUAGAGGCGUUAUUGGAAGCCAUGCAGCAGAUGGAUUGGGCCAAAUAUCUCACCUUGCGUGAUGAUCUUUUGGAUUGCUUCGCGAGUGACAUGGUCACACAACGUUUCAACGAGUGUAUUCAUGAGGAAGAUGAAGAUACUGGCAAGUUAUUGGCUCGACUGUUUUGCACUUAUGGCGAGACCUAUACCGAUUUUGUGGCCAUAGGAUUGGCCAAUCCUAAAGUGAAUUUAUUGAUGAGCAUGAUUAUGCAGUUAACGUGUUUUCAUGGUCAUUUCCCGGUGGAUGAAGAAGUGUCGGAUAUUCCUCUCAAUUUUUGGUACGUCCUUCAGGAAACAUUAUUUGAUAAUGGCAUUAUACCCGUACGUCAAUCCGUCACCGUGACGGACGGUGAUGACGAUGUGUCCCUGGAACGAGCGGAAAGCGAGCAACAAGCACUGUGGCAUCGUCAAGCAGGCGAGGCGGCGCUGGUGAUCUAUCGUCAGCUCGUUUCCACGCUUCUGAUCAAAGCCGCAUUUCCAGAAGAUUCCGUCUGGAGUAUAUGGACAAAAGAUCACAAAGACAGAUUCAGACGAUAUCGAAGGGAUGUAGGCGAUACAAUGAUUAACCCCUACUUUGUCUUACGAAACGACAUGCUGGCCAUUGUACUUGAUCAUGCCGUCACCAUUUUAAAUCAGUGGCAAUCCAGCCAAACAUCAUCACAGACGCUCGAGGCUGCAUUUUUUUGCCUCAAAAGCAUUUCGGAAGAGGUUCCUACAGAAGAAAAUACUCACAUUCCCGUGUUGUUUGGUCCCCAAAUCCUCGGACGCAUGCCCUCCGAUUGUGAUGCACGAUUACAGACCACCACAUUGCUUUUGAUUGGUUCAUUAUCGGAAUGGCUAAAAAAUCAUCCCUCCUUCCUACCUUCCGUCAUGAAUUACAUUGUUCCCUGUUUAAGCUUGCCUCGAUUAGCACCUGCCGCCGCCAGUGCCUUUGCCGAUAUAUGUGACGCAUGCAGAGAAUCGUUGUUGGAAGCAUUGCAGAAUUUGAUGCAUGUCUAUGGUGCAAUGUCAAGCUCCAAUAUUGAUUCGAACAUUAUGCAAAAAGUGGUGGAAUCCGUGGCGGAUGUCAUUCAGGCUUUGUCCCCCGAACGAUCGGUUGGUCCAUUGAUGACAUUGACAGGCGAUAUACUACAAGGGAUAGGCAAGGCUUUGCAUCUGUUGCCUGAGAAUCCGGUAUUAGCGCGUGACCUGAUUUUGACUCAGCUUCAGUACCUUUCUGCAUGCUGUCGAGGCAUCCAACCACCGAGUGACGACUAUCAAACAUUAAGCGCUCGUAACUCGACGUACGAUGCAUUUGCUUCUGGACAAUUACGUUUACAGUAUGCGAAAGUUCCUGGAUUUGUUGAAAUCAGUCAAGCGAUUCGAGAUUACACGCAACAGAUUAGCACGACCUGGAGUCGCGAUGAGGAAAUUGCCAGGGCUCUCGCACGAUUUGUAGAGUCGGGUAUCCGGUCCAUCAACCCGUUAUUGACAUUGGACUUUGAAGAUCUUUCCUCGCUGGUCGAAAAGAGUUAUUCCGAUGCACCUUAUCCUUGCUGGUUAGAUAUCGCGAAAUUUAUGAUGACAGUGUAUGGAGGUCAAGAAGCGCACUAUGCUCGACUUAGAGAUCUUUUAGCCUUUUUAACCGGGAAGACAUUGGCGUUUAUUAACGGUGUUCAAGGUACAGUGGAAAUUACCCCACACGCCGGAAAAUGCUGUUCGAAAAUGACUGGGGAAUUAAAAAAAAAAAAAGAGUUGCUUGAUACUGAUUUUGUUCUGUAUGAUUUAGCCAUGGAAGAACAUCCCGAUAUUGUGGAUAGUUAUUUCGACCUGCUGUCAGGAGUAAGUGAACGGAUCGCAUUUUGAGAGAUAAAUUAAGGGAUAGCUUGUGACACAAUACGUUAGACGAUCCGACGAUGUCCAUUGGUGUUUUACAAUUUACCAUUCGAGAUGAUUGAUACGAUCAUUUUAUUUACCAUUGCCGGCAUGGGGCUCCAAGAACGCUUGGCAUUGAAAGCUGCUUUGAAUUUUAUGGCCGAUUUCGUUGCGCAAGA